CAGAGGACGAGCGGCACGGGAAUGCGCGGUCACCCUGGCUCUGUUCUGUCCGCUCACGGCACGGACGCGCGCAAAGGGAUUGCCGUUCCUCUCCGUCUCUCUCUGCAUCUUCUUCUCUCUGAAGUUGAUCUGUAAUCGAGCUGCUGUUCCGCGGGUCACGUUAAUUAAUCAUCUGUGGAGGUUGACGAUCAGAAAUGGACGGAAUGACGUUUCCAUGGAUGAGUCGGGACGUUUGAUGGAGGUUUCGUUGGGAAUAAUCAACGCCUUUCUGAGUCUACAGGAAAUAGCCUUUGGGAUGUUGGAGGAGGAGUGUCAUGCGGUGUGACGGGGGUUCCGGGGCUCAUGCAUCGGAAUGCCACAGGGUUCCACGCCGACACCGCUGCUCCUCUUCCUAUUGGCCACGCUGGGAUAUGCUAUGGCUGGCCUCCACCUGUGGCCCUCCGUCCAUGUUGCACUUAGUAACAGCAGUGUGUUCCUCAACUACGACACCGCAGACCACAACGCUUCCUCCCACAUCCGGAACAUGACCCUAACUCUGGUUGACACGGAAACUAACGCCACCCUGCUCACCAGAACCCUGCCAGCCAACCAAUCAGAGGGGAGAUUAGAAUUCAACUGCUCCUGCUUCCUGUAUGCUGGAACAUUCCGCUUCUGCCUGGAGCAGAUUGACUACGCAACCGCCAAUGCUAAUGCAAACGGUAAUGCUAAUGCUAGCGUAACGGAUAGAGAUUGGAAUGGGGUUGUUACUACUACUGCCACCUGGUGGUGGAGCUCUGAGCUUCAGGUGGAGUGGCCAACCUUUCACAUUGCCGUGGACCGAGCCAGCAACCAGUCAGGAUCCUUCCAGGUGGGGAUCUCGACCAAUGAGCUGUUCAAGUCCUGCUCCUCUGGCCUUGGUUCCGCCCUCUUCCUGGAGGUCAGUUACCUGGAGUUCAACCAGAUUGGUCGAAAUAGCAUCGACAAGGUCCGCGCCCGCACCCGGCACCCAAUCAAAGAGCUGCGUUCUCAGACGGUGGAUCUGUUGUGUGCAUUUCAUUUCACAGAGCGAGACUUCAUCAGGGUGGCGCUGCGCUCCCCUCACACAAACCAGGAUGUCAAGUCAUCUGGCCCUCUCUACCUCUCCAGGAUCUUCUCCUAUAAGCUACUGGUGGACAGCAUAAACUCCUACAGGUCAGGCUGUGAGGGAGUGAUAUCUGUACGCCUGGUGACCCCUCCCUGUGCUCUGAUCAGCGGCAAGGUCCUCUUAUUCCGGGACGGAGGUGUGGGGUCCGAGGGAAAGGGAAAGGGGGGCACAGGGGCGGGGGGAGCAGGUGAAGGGGGUGUAGGGGCAGAGGGCCCGCCCCCCUCCGUUCCACUGGCGUUUAAUUGGCUGACACAGGGGGAGAACGAGACAGAAUUCAACUGUUCGGUGUUUGACCCAGGAAGGAAUAAAUACUGCUUCAGAUUUGUGCUCAACUUCAGCCGCUCCCCGAGUCCAGCACAGACCUGCCUGGUGGUGAACAGGAACGCAGAGUCAUGGGGUGUGUGGCAGGCGUGGAGCGUGUGCAGUGUGAGCUGUGGAGAGGGGGUGAGGGAGAGAGUGCGAGAGUGUCUGCUGCCCUCCGGUGGUGGAAGUAUGCAGUGCACCGGCAUGGUCAAGGAACAGUCUCUCUGCUCACUGGAAGACUGUACAGUCCUUCCUGCUCCCUCUCCAUCCCUCCCGCCUCCUCCAGCCUCCUCCUUACUCGGUGGUAACCUGGUAGUCGUGGCCGGUAUAUCCCUGUGUCUGGCGGUCAUCCUAGCGACCAUCCUGGUCACCCUGUGGCGUAAACUCUGCCGGACACCCCAGUGUAGCUCGGUCCGCCGUGGAUCGAUGCACUCACCUGGGGGACGUAAACUCUCUGACGAGGCCUCCAUCUGUGGGAACAGCCUCCAGAGACCCAGCCUCUCCGACAGCCAGGGGAACCACGGGGGCACAGGGCCAGGGCUAGCCCAGAACGAAAGGCCUAACCUGGGGUGCAAACCUCUGCCUCAACCCCCUCCUCUGGUUAUUCCCCUGGUUCAGGACCCAGAUAGACUGUCUCCAUCGGGACAGAAGGUGCUACCGCCAAUCUUUGGGUACCGUCUGGCCCAGCAGCAGUUAAAAGAGAUGAAGAAGAGAGGUUUAAAGGAAGCCACCCAGCUCUAUCAUGUCUCACAGAGCCCUGUCCACGACACUCUUCUGGAGGACUCGCCCACCUCCACUCCUACCCAGCCAGGGUUCACCCUCCCUGGGCUCAGCCCCAACCCCAGCCCCCUGGACCUCCAGGAAGAAGAUUCUAAUCUGAGCCGCUUUCGUAUCACCGCCCCUUUCCUUGAGCACAGGGUCCCACAGCGCAGCUCGGUUACUCUGCCAGACAGACUGAGCCCCAGGGUGGAGCUCGUCCUGGGGCCUCCCGUGGCCGGAUACAUGAGAGAAGGUAGGGGAGGAGGAGGCGGGAGCUCCCAACGACGAGACCGCACGGCAGACUGGGUGGAGAUGGUGGAGAGGACUGGGUUAGGAGGGAUGGGUGGAGGAGGCGUUCCCUCCAACUCGUACCAGAAAAACCCAAACUGCAGACGGACAUCCAGCUUUCACGACACCAAGCCCCCACCUCCCCCAGCAGCCCCAUGUCGCCCCCACAGGGAGAGGAGUCAGACCCAGGUGGGUCCCCGCACCAGGACCCUCCCCGAGGGCAGCUGUAGGACCCGAGGAACCUUGGAGACCCAGACCCAGAACCCAGCCUUCCCCCCCUAUCCCAUCCCAGAGCAGAGCACCCCUGACUGGGCCAGGCCCAAUCCGCGACCCCUUUGGCCUGGGGACGACAGGAGAAGACCCUGGGUGGAGACUGGAUGUCCUCCGUUUUCCAGUAACAAACCCAAACACGCUGAAAACAACAACACCUACUUGAUCUCUGACCCUAAACACACAGAGACCAACACUACAACGGCGGCCAUGUUAGGAUCUGAGCUGCUUAGCAACCCUGAACUCACCCUGGAGAGGGAGAGGCGGAGGAUUGGUGAUCGAAGAGAAGGUGGUGAAGAUACAGGAGAGAGAGGUGGGACUUCAGGUAUAGGUGGACCAGGAUUAGGACCAGGGGUGGGGUCUCGUGGCUGCCCUGCUUACCUCACCCCGGACCGGGCAGAGCGGGCAGAACACAACUGGAACCGUCGAGGCCCUUCCCCGAUUCAGAGAAAUAUCCUGGCCAGGAAGCUGAGAGAAGCUCAGUCUUGCAACACCGCCUCCGACCAGCAGGGGCGCCAUAACCAACAGCAGCAGAGGCAGCGCAGCUCCACAUUUAGCGUGUCUGCCAGUGAACAAAGGAAGGGGAGGUGCAGGUCUCUUCCUCUGUCUGGAGACUCCCCCUAUGGACUGACUGAGGCAGAGCAAUGCAUGCUGGAUCUAGAUAUGACCUCGCUAUACCUGGGAGAGGAUGAGUUCUGACCUGUACACACCUAGAGGGGAGGAGAGGGUUAACGGACACUGAAGAGAGGAAAGAAAAGCAGGGGUUGAGAGGAGGAGCUGUCUUGUUGCCUGGAAGGUGCCCAGAAGAGGAGGAGGAGGAAGAGAGGAGAGGGGGACCUGUCUUGUUGCCUGGAAGGUGCCCAGAAGAGGAGGAGGAGGGGGACCUGUCUUGUUGCCUGGAAGGUGCCCAGAAGAGGAGGAGGAGGAGGAGGAAGAGAGGAGAGGGGAACCUGUCUUGUUGCCUGGAAGGUGCCCAGAAGAGGAGGAGGAGGAGGAGGAGAGGAGAGGGGGACCUGUCUUGUUGCCUGGAAGGUGCCCAGAAGAGGAGGAGGAGGAGGAAGAGAGGAGGAAGUUGUAAAGACAUGACUGAGCCUUUAUUUUUUUACUCUUUUACUGAAAACUCUUUGGGUAACGCUUGACACCAGCAUCAUAACACUUUAUCACACAGUUAUAACCACAACAGCUGACAGUUAUAACCACAACAGCUGACAUAACUUAUCAUAAUGAUCGUAACACUGUCAGUUAUAACCAUGUCACAACAGCUGACAUAACUUAUCAUAAUGAUCGUAGGAGGAGGCUAUAUACAGGGGGUACCAGUACAGAGUCAAUGUGGAGGCUAUAUACAGGGGGUACCAGUACAGAGUCAAUGUGGAGGCUAUAUACAGGGGGUACCAGUACAGAGUCAAUGUGGAGGCUAUAUACAGGGGGUACCAGUACAGAGUCAAUGUGGAGGCUAUAUACAGGGGGUACCAGUACAGAGUCAAGGUGGAGGCUAUAUACAGGGGGUACCGGUACAGAGUCAAUGUGGAGGCUAUAUACAGGGGGUACCAGUACAGAGUCAAUGUGGAGGCUAUAUACAGGGGGUACCGGUACAGAGUCAAGGUGUAGGCUAUAUACAGGGGGUACCGGUACAGAGUCAAGGUGUAGGCUAUAUACAGGGGGUACCGGUACAGAGUCAAGGUGUAGGCUAUAUACAGGGGGUACCGGUACAGAGUCAAGGUGUAGGCUAUAUACAGGGGGUACCGGUACAGAGUCAAGGUGUAGGCUAUAUACAGGGGGUACCGGUACAGAGUCAAGGUGUAGGCUAUAUACAGGGGGUACCGGUACAGAGUCAAGGUGUAGGCUAUAUACAGGGGGUACCGGUACAGAGUCAAGGUGUAGGCUAUAUACAGGGGGUACCGGUACAGAGUCAAUGUGGAGGCUAUAUACAGGGGGUACCAGUACAGAGUCAAGGUGGAGGCUAUAUACAGGGGGUACCGGUACAGAGUCAAGGUGUAGGCU